AUGGCCGGCUGUCCUCUCGCUCCCGGGUUUGGGCUGGGCUGGGCUGCGUCGCGUCUCCGUUUCCCCCCGGGAGCCCUCCGCGGGCCGGCGGCGCGGGGUGGAGCUGGUACCGCCGGCCCGAGGCCCGCUACUCUUUGGGCGGCGCCGCGUUCCCGCCGCCUUUAUAAUCGCGAUGGUAACGUGGGCCGGGCCCGGCGCGGCGGCGGGUGCCACGGCGACGCGGGGAGGGCGCGCCUCGGUUGUAGCAACGGGGCGACAGCCCCACGUUCGCCUGGUAACGCGUCUCCGAACUGGCGGGACAGACCCGCCUCACGGAGCGGCGCCGGGCUCGCCCCUCACCGCCCCGCCAGGGGGUGCCCUCCCACCCCUCCAAGGCGGCGGCGGAGGGAGAAGAUGGCGGCGGCCGCCUCCGAGCAGCAAAGUUCCAAUGGCCCGGUGAAGAAGUCUAUGCGAGAGAAGGCUGUGGAACGCAGGAAUGUUAAUAAAGAGCACAACAGUAACUUUAAAGCGGGAUACAUCCCAAUUGAUGAAGACCGUCUCCAUAAGACAGGCUUACGUGGCAGGAAAGGCAACUUGGCCAUUUGUGUGAUUGUUCUUCUUUUUAUUUUGGCUGUCAUCAAUCUUAUUAUUACACUAGUUAUCUGGGCAGUGAUUCGAAUCGGUCCCAAUGGCUGUGACAGUAUGGAGUUCCAUGAGAGUGGCUUGUUGCGGUUUAAGCAGGUUUCUGACAUGGGCGUUAUACAUCCAUUAUAUAAAAGCACUGUAGGAGGCAGACGGAAUGAAGAUUUGGUGAUCACUGGAAAUAAUCAGCCUAUUGUAUUUCAGCAAGGAACAACCAAGCUUAGCGUUGAAAAAGACAAAACUUCUAUUACCAGCGAUAUUGGCAUGGAAUUUGUCGACCCACGGACACAAAAUACCUUGUUCAGCACAGACUACGAAACUCAUGAGUUUCAUCUGCCAAAUGGAGUUAAAAUCUUGAAUGUACAAAAGGCCUCUACAGAGAGGAUUACCAGCAAUGCAACCAGUGAUCUAAACAUAAAGGUUGAUGGCCGUGCUAUUGUCCGUGGAAACGAAGGUGUGUUCAUCACAGGGAAGACCAUUGAGUUUCGAAUGGGGGGUAACAUGGAACUUAGAGCAGAAAACAGCAUUAUCCUGAAUGGAACUGUGAUGGUCAGCCCAUCGCGACUGCCAAGUUCUUCUUACGGGGAACAGUUCAAUAACGGCAACUGGCUGCGUUUCAAGCUCUGUAUGUGCGCGGAUGGGACGCUGUUCAAGGUUCAGGUGACAGGUCAUAACAUGGGUUGUCAGACUUCUGUCAAUCCGUGCGGAGCCACGCACUAAAACACCAGCCACUACCAGGAGAGUUCUCUUUUGUGUUUACAUAUGUUUGUAUGAAGUAAUUGCAUGCUUCCAAGGAUUUCUGUUUUUACAGCAGUUUAUACUAACAUUUAUUACAUAAUAUUUUUAAGCAAAGGCUGUUACGUUCAACAGUAUUAUGUCAUCAUCCUGCCAUAAUAGUGGCACUGAUUUAGCACACUGUCAGUCUACACGCCUACUGAAGUACCUUCCUCAGUCGGGAUCAGUAGAGUAUAUUUAAAGAAUGUGAUCUUAGCAACAAUCCUGACUGCCUUCAGUUGCCUUUAGAGGAGGUUUUUGGUUUUUCUCCUACAUCCCAAGACCUUGAGGGCUGCUGAGAACACAACUGCGAUGUGAAGUACUUCAACAGGAAUGUGAAUUUGCUGUUGGAAGUGGAUUUGCCUAGGAUGGCUGAAGCGGCAAAUUUUUGUCUUCUUUUAAUUUCUUGCCAAAGGUCGAUAUAAUGAUUUCCCUUAAAAUUGUGUGGUUUACCAUAUGUUUACGAAGAGAGGAGAAAUGGCAGAUUCACUUUAAAGUAUUGCAUUAUUUCUGCCAUACAUUUCUCGUGUAAGAAAGAAAAAGUUAUGCUAGCACAAGUAAUAUUUGCAAAGUAAUAUCCAGUGUGGAAAUGUAACUUCAAUUUUGAAAUAGUCUUGUGAUUAUUGAAGUGUUGCUUGAGCUCCCAUUCUAUCUGUGCAGUUUAGGCAUUCUACAGUUGCUUAAUUUACAUGAAGUAUUUAUACGUCUUUAUAUUAGAAGUACAUUUUUAAAAAUGUACUUAUAACUUGCUCACUACCCAAAAAAAGUAUUUUCCUGGGUGCUUUAAUGUGAAAUUCAACAGGUAAUAAUCUAAAGCAUGACUGUUGCAGUACUGUCUGAGAUAGAUAGGAUCUCUUUUUUUCCCAUAAAUGUCAGUAGUGAUGCAUUACUGAGAAACUCAGAAUUAAAUUCCGAAGUCAAACUUGCAGGUCUUUAAUUCUAAAUGUGAUGGUGUCAAAUCCUGUGACAGCAGAGUAAAUACACACGUCUGGAUUUGUCAACAGUGAAACUGUGUCUAUGGUGAACUGGGGCCUUAUAGAAACCCCCACAGCCUGAUAACAUGCAGAGAUAAGGUGUUCUGUACAAAAAAUAGACCAGCUCGUUCUAAGUUUCCCACUCUCCCUCCCCAUGUAUUUUCUUCAGUUGAAUAUAGUUUUGUUUUGCAGUAGCAUCAAGUAACUUUAAUAACGGAAGCCACAAAGGUGACUUUGCAAGUAGCUUUUUGACAAAUUUUUCUAGAUAAGCACACACUUCUCUUCCUAAAAGUUGUGCAAAUGUUAUACAUUAACUUCAGAAUCGGUCAUUUGUUGCGGGAAGAUAAACUAUCUACCCUUGUGUGAUAGCUCUCAAAGUACAUAGAAUUCCACAAAAUACAAAGCAGCUUCUGCUGCAACAAGAACUAAGGUCCCAGUUCCUCUAUUUGCUAGACAUCAGCAAGGGUGUCAUGCGGGAUGCGUGGGUGGAAGUGAUUUCUAGAGGGGGAUCCUUAGGUCGGGCAUCGCACCAUGCGGGAGGUCAGAGGGCUCACGGCUCCCUCACUGCUCUCAGGCAGAGGCGGGUUUUGAUGCUCAGGAGUUGUUGGGGUUUUGGGGAUGGAGCUAUUCUAACAAAAUGAGAAUAAAAUGUAGCAAAGCCAUCAAAUUGCUCACAUUAAUUAUGGGACAGUACUAACAUUUUACAUACUUCCUUCAUGAACUUCACAGUUUCACUAGAGUUAGUAUUAACCACUUUAACACACAUUUUGCUGAAAGCAUGCACACACCUUUGCUGCUAAGUAGUGCCCUAAUUAUUAUUUGUUACAAUUAAGAGGAGGAAAUACACUAUAACAUUUUUAGAGUUUUCACUCAUGCUAAUGGAAGUUUGUUACUUUAUUUUUAUAUAUAUAAAUACACAGGUACAAAAAUAUAAGCAGCAGCAGCAUCGAAGCUGAAAUAGAUCUUGAAAAUGACAGAUACUGCCUCGGUCAAGUAGAUUACACAUGAAGAGUGCGUUAAGGCUCUUCCUUGGUUACUACUGACAUGCCUGUAUGCCAGUCUUGGAUUCUUGUAAUUGUCAAAGAGUUCUUUUUAAAAUACUGUAUGCAACAUAGCUGAAAGAUUUGUCACAAAGGUACUCUUCAAUCAUGGUCUGGAGAACUGGUUUUUAAGGUGGAUUUUUUAUCAAAACAUAGCAAAACGGAUCAUACAAAUACCAAAUGAAAUUAUCAAUUUGUAAGCCGCUGUUUAUGGUUUGUUAAUACAUUUUGUUGCCUUCACUACACAGUUUGAGAAAUGUUGGCACCACACAUGCCCUGUGCUGUGCCUUUAUUUGUUGUUUAUCUUCUAACUGCCUAAGCUACAUUCUUCUGUAUGUAUUUAAAACAUUGUGUGGCACUUUAUUUAUUUCAGUCCCACAGAUGCACUUAAGAUUUUGUGUGUUUAAAGUACGUUCUACAGGCCUCUGUGUAAAAUACCAUACUGGGGACACUGAAACAACUUACGUGUGAAGAGUUCUCGGCGUACGUAAAGGCGGUGGUUGUUUCAGUAGGCAAAAGACAGCUGAAUUCCUAAUGUUUGUUUUGAAAUGAAACAAUAAAUUCUAAGAUGCA